AUGUGGGGAGCGGAAGGUGCCAUUAUGAAGGAAAACGCAAUCGUCUACGACGAUGAGGACUUUGUGGAAACUCUUCUUCGGGAUGUGGCCGUAAUGUUGAUGACUGAGUGCCAUGCGGAUGUUGAAGACGAGCAGAUCAAACAUGUAACCCAGGGCUCAACCCACGACUGGAAAGCCAUGAUUGUGGCCCUAUCGCUAGUCCACCUGCACGGGUUAAGGGCUGUAAGGUCACAACAAUAA